AGGGAUUCUGCCGCCGUCGCCUCCGCUGACGAUCUCGCCGAAGCCGGAGAUCGAGAUGUUGCCAGAAGCGAUCUCGUCGCCGCGGAUGAGGCUAAUGAUCGACGUAAUCGGCAUAAUCGCGGUUCGAUAGACGAGCGGGCGACUUAGCGCGGUGAAAUAUUUCGUGAAAGCCGCGCGGAUUUGUGCUGAUAUUGAUAGGGAACGAACAAGUGCCGAUUCCGCAGUGGUGAUUGUGAUUGUGCGCGCGGGAGAUUCUGUGCGCGAUUGUUUAAUCGGCGGAUAUAAGUUUAAUCGCGCAGUGAAAAGAGUGAUGCCCUCUCAGACCACGUGAGGAAUUUGGCGAUUUGGAAAGCUGUUCUCAAUGCCACGUGACAGAUGGAACACCAGAUUGCGUUUCGAACAGUUGCGUCCCGCGAGCUGAAUCUUCUGUCGCGAUAAAGGUGAGAGGAGAAUCUUUCACGACGCGCCGCAACGAGUUUCCUUGAAAAAAAAAACAGCAUCCUCGAGUCGCAGAGCACAUGAAGAGCUUCAACUGCGAUUUCAUGAGCGAGGACAGGGCGGUCUCGAUGGCAAACGGCGGCCACGGCGUUGUCGUGAACGGGGUAGGUGCUCCUGUCUCGGGCACCUUGUCGAGGGAGGAGAGACGCAGGAGAAGAAGAGCUACCCAGAAGUAUCGAACCGCACAUGCCACGAGAGAGAGAGUCAGAGUGGAAGCCUUCAACUUGGCGUUCGCGGAAUUGCGGAAAUUGCUACCGACCUUACCACCGGACAAGAAGCUCUCGAAGAUCGAGAUACUUCGCCUGGCGAUCUGCUACAUCGCUUACCUGAAUCACGUUCUGCAAGCUUGAGCUUUCUUCGUCGUCAACUGAGAAGCGCGGAAAUCCGUCGUCGUUCGACGGGUCCGACUCGAAAAUGACCGCUCAAGGGCGCAAUAUUGAUGCCGAGCUGCAUCCUGCGCGUUCUUGUGACUAUUUAUCGCCUUGCAGCCGUCGAUACUUUCGAGCCUAUUCGAUGCCGAGGAUUAGUGAGCCACCUCGGGACAAUGGAGCGAGCAACUCUGCCCCCAUGGGACUUCUGCCCCUUCGCGUUCUUCCAAAUUCUGCUACCCUCGACAGUCGUCGUCGUCGUCGUCGUCGUCAUCGUCGCCGUUUGGCCGAUCGCCGACGAUUACACGGCUUGAGCUAAGUGAAAAAGAAUGGAAUUGCAGAGGAGGCCAACUUCACGGAUCGUCGCCUCUUGGAUUCGUUCGAGCUUCUCGUUUCCCGUCGUUUUCUCGCUCCUCUCGGGCGCAAUCGCGCGAUUCGAUCUAGCUUUGAGAUCCACGCAAGAUUGAUUACCUUGCGAACGAAAUUGGCUUUCUCGCUCUCCCAUUUGAAAAAAAGGAAAGUAAGGAGAGCAAAUAAAUGGAUAGAUUAGAACAGAAGGAACCCUUCUGUGAGAUAGAAUGUGAACUGUCCAAACUCAACGUGUUCGAAUUCAACAUCUUUCCCGACCUGAUUAAUAAAUAAGAUUGAUCACGAAAAUUCUGUAUUCUCUUUUAUGAUAUUCGAUGUAGCAAAGUGGACGUUGCUGUCGCGCGGAUCCCAUUUUUGAUUCUGAACGAGCAAGAUGAAGAUAACAUUAUAAUGAAAACGAACUUUAUAAACUACUCAUAAUAUUAUUAUCGCGUUGAAGUGAUAUUGAAGACUCCACGUUAUCUUACGAACCUUUCGCAACAAUUAUGUAAAAAGGUUAUAAUGGGACUCAAGUAGACGAAUGUGACAAUAGCGACACGAGUCAAUGACACAAAGGAGUUUGUAUUGUACGUUUGUUUGUUCCGCAGAUAGAUCGAUUAAAAAAAUUAGUCGAUUGUAGACAAACAAAAUUUACUUUGUUAUUGUCGAAUGAUAGAAACAAUUUUUAUUUAUCAGUUCCUUUUCUGUUCAAUUAAUCGCCUCUCCUUUGUGAUCAAUUACUUUUAUGAAUGCUAUCAAGCUCCGCUUUAUCCUUAACUAAUAAUCUAGCUGCAUUAUACAAGAUAUUACGUAAUAUUAAAUUUUAAAUAAUUAAAUUAAAAAGAUGCGACGCGCAAUUGACACGUGGCUCACGACGCGACGUAUCAUAUUCUCGAGCGGGAAAUAAAUUAUAGAGAAAGAAAUUCUCUCACAUUAUGUUUUUCUCGAUACGCAGCGAUCCUUUGACUUCUCUUCGCCCGGGGAGAUAAUAACUCGACUAUUCCCCGGGAAUAAAGGUGACGUGAAACUUCCUACGCAGAUGUAAUUAUCUUUAUGGAAGAGUUGUGUAGCGCCGUAUUUUAAUACAUACAUAUAUUUACAUUUGAUAUAUCUUGCAGCGAAGUAAUUCUUCAGUUAUUAUCCGAUUUAUACGGUCAAGUAACACCGGCGUCGAUCCGCGAAGUACAAUAUCUUCUACCAACGUGACAUUCGAACUGAUAAACACACCGAGACCGAUUCGAUCUCAAGCGCGAUCGCCCCUUUGAAUUAAUUUACGUCUGUCUGU